CGCCCCGGCGAGCUGCUGGAUUAGAACUGCAGCCAGGCCAGGAGGAGACCCAGUUCCCGUUUUGAAAUCAACCCGAAGAGCGCUUAACCCCGGCGAGGUGCUGCUGUUUGGUUCGGCCCAGAGAUGGGAUGCCAAGCCUCCUCAGGGAGCACUGCAGAUGCAAAGGCCUCGCUGAGCCACUGCCGUGAGGGCAAGUAAGCGAGCUGCCAGAGGAUGUCCACGACCACAGCGGUUGCCCCUGCGGGGAUCCCGGCCGCCCCGGGCCCUGUGAACCCACCCCCACCCGAGGUCUCCAACCCCAGCAAGCCAGGCCGCAAGACCAACCAGCUGCAGUACAUGCAGAACGUGGUGGUGAAGACGCUGUGGAAGCACCAGUUCGCCUGGCCCUUCUACCAGCCCGUGGACGCCAUCAAGCUGAACCUGCCCGAUUAUCAUAAAAUAAUAAAAAACCCGAUGGAUAUGGGGACAAUUAAGAAGAGACUAGAGAAUAAUUAUUACUGGAGUGCGAGUGAAUGUAUGCAGGACUUCAACACCAUGUUUACAAAUUGUUACAUUUAUAACAAGCCCACAGAUGACAUAGUGCUAAUGGCCCAGGCCUUAGAGAAAAUCUUUCUGCAGAAAGUGGCCCAGAUGCCCCAGGAAGAAGUGGAAUUGUUACCCCCUGCUCCAAAAGGCAAAGGCCGGAAGCCGGCUGCAGGAGCCCAGAGUACAGGUACGCAGCAAGUGGCGGCCGUGUCCGCAGUCUCUCCAGCAGCCCCCUUCCAGAACAUGCCCCCCACCGUCUCCCAGACGCCCGCCAUUGCUGCCACCCCUGUACCGACCAUCACUGCAAAUGUCACGUCCGUCCCUGUCCCCCCGGCCGCUGCACCACCUCCUCCCGCAACACCCAUCGUGCCCGUGGUCCCUCCCACGCCGCCUGUGGUCAAGAAAAAGGGCGUGAAGCGGAAAGCUGACACGACCACACCCACCACGUCGGCCAUCACCGCCAGCCGGAGUGAGUCCCCCCCGACACUGACGGAGCCUAAGCAGGCCAAGGUGGUGGUCCGACGGGAGAGCGGGGGCCGCCCCAUCAAGCCUCCAAAGAAGGACCUGGAGGAUGGGGAGGUGCCCCAGCACGCAGGCAAGAAGGGCAAGCUGUCGGAGCACCUGCGGCACUGUGACAGCAUCCUCAGGGAGAUGCUGUCCAAGAAGCACGCGGCCUACGCCUGGCCCUUCUACAAGCCGGUGGACGCCGAGGCGCUGGAGCUGCACGACUACCAUGACAUCAUCAAACAUCCCAUGGACCUCAGCACCGUCAAAAGAAAGAUGGACAGCCGCGAGUACCCAGAUGCACAGGGCUUUGCCGCUGACAUCCGGUUAAUGUUCUCCAAUUGUUAUAAGUACAACCCUCCAGACCAUGAAGUGGUAGCCAUGGCCAGGAAGCUCCAGGAUGUGUUUGAGAUGAGGUUUGCCAAGAUGCCUGAUGAACCAGUGGAGACGCCUGCCCUGCCCCUGCCCACGGCUCCCAUGGUGAGCAAGGGCACGGAGAGCAGCCGCAGCAGCGAGGAGAGCUCUUCCGACUCAGGCAGCUCGGAUUCCGAGGAGGAGCGGGCCACACGGUUGGCAGAGCUGCAAGAGCAGCUGAAGGCCGUGCAUGAGCAGCUGGCUGCCCUGUCUCAGGCCCCAGUGAACAAACCAAAGAAGAAGAAAGAGAAGAAGGAGAAGGAGAAGAAGAAGAAGGACAAGGACAAGGAGAAGCACAGGGCCAAGUCUGAAGAGGAGAAGAAGGCCAAGGCAGCCCCCCCUGCCAAGCAGGCACAGCAGAAGAAGGCUCCUGUCAAGAAGGCCAACAGCACCACCACAGCCAGCAGACAGCUGAAGAAAGGCGGCAAGCAGGCGUCUGCGUCCUACGAUUCGGAGGAGGAGGAGGAAGGCCUGCCCAUGAGCUAUGACGAGAAGCGCCAGCUGAGCUUGGACAUCAACCGGCUGCCGGGGGAGAAGCUGGGCCGCGUGGUGCACAUCAUCCAGUCCCGGGAGCCCUCGCUCAGGGACUCCAACCCUGAUGAGAUCGAGAUCGACUUCGAGACCCUGAAGCCCACCACGCUGCGAGAGCUGGAGAGAUACGUCAAGUCUUGUUUACAGAAAAAGCAGAGGAAGCCGUUCUCCACCAGCGGGAAGAAGCAGGCAGCCAAAUCAAAGGAGGAGCUAGCUCAGGAAAAGAAGAAGGAGCUGGAGAAGCGGCUGCAGGACGUCAGCGGGCAGCUGAACAGCAAGAAGCCGGCCAAGAAAGAGAAAUCGGGCUCGGCGCCCUCGGGGGGGCCGUCGAGGCUCAGCAGCAGCAGCUCCUCGGAGUCGGCCAGCAGCAGCUCCAGCGGGUCCAGCUCUGACAGCAGUGACUCUGAGUGAACUUGGACUCGGCCAAGCUCGCAGCGUCCUCUUCUGUGGUUAAUAUACUACUCUUGUUCCAUGGUGUGCAGGUUUCCUUUUGCUCAGUGUCAGUGUUAGAUCUCUUCCAGCUGUGCUUCAGUGGGCAGAGAGCCUCCUGCGCAUGCGUAGGUCAGACCUGAGAAGGGGCGCCCUGCGGGGAGUCGCUCGGAGACAGGAGCCCCACCACCUGGGACCUUGCAGAACCCCUCUUCUCUGCCCCGCCGGGUCUGUUACUUGGAAAUUUUUCAAGGCUCUCUGCAGUGGGGCGGUGUGUGAGCGCUCACCAGGAGGCGCUGCGCUGUCUUUGCCAUCUGGCCCUUUGCCUGAUGCGGCCACCUCUCUCCGGGGGGCUGAGGACGGAUGCCGGGCACCCGAGCCCCCCUCGGCCCUCUCAGCAGAGGGUUGAGGGGCUCCAGACCGCCGUGCUACGCUGUGGGGGUGGGCACCGUGGGGAGGGAGGCAGGGUGCCGGUUUUCGGCGGCCCUCCUGAGAAGAGACGAGCAGCUGCGUGCACAGCGUGCAGAUUUCCAAACACUGAAACUUUUACCUCAACUUAAGAAAAAGAAAA